AUGUCGAAGCGACCAAGAAACGAUGUUUCCGUUGACAACGUCAUCGCAUUCAAAAGGGUCAGACAAAUGAAGCACACAAAAUUCGUGAGUGAACAUUCAGACCACAUUUUGAACUCGAUUUGAUUUUGGGUGUUCGAAAAAAUUUGUGAAAGUUGCAGGACGGAAUGUGCAGUACUGUCCGUGACUUCAACAAGCACACGAGACUGUGGAAGGCGAAUGCGUGAGUGAAGUCGAUCAUGGACGAGCAAGAAAUAUGAAAUCUUUCAGGAGCGAGAAAAGGGCGGCUGCCACCGUGAAGGCUGAAGUGAUCGAGCCGGAGAUCGAUGCGGUUGAAGCGAGGAAAGAGGCGAAGAAAGAGGCGAAAGGAGAGCCUGCGAACUAG